AUGACCUCCGCCACCGAUGAGAAGGAGAUAUUUGAUUUCCUAGACUCGCUACCUACAGACGACGCAUCAUCCUCCAAUGCAGACGCAACGGCAUCGGCAGCAAUAAACAAGAGCUCUGGCUCGGGAGCCACGCAGCAGACAUUGAAGAGCGGCACCGACGCAGAUGGAAAGAAAACGAACGAUGACAUUUUCGAAUUCUUGGACGAACUGGAGGGCAAGAACAAGGAAAGCGGCAAGAAGAAUAAUACCUAUACAAAGAGCAGUGGCAGCAACGACAAUAACAACAAGAAUGAGGCCAAACUCGAAUCUUCUAACGAAACCAUAAAGGAUGACGAGAAGAGUGAGGGAGCAGGGAAGAAGUCAACACCCGUGGCGCCGCCAUUGAGAACAGACGAGCCUGUGAACGAUCCGAUUACUUCGAUUGCUUCGUGGUGGAGCAGUACGGGCAGUGCCAAGGUAUCGACACAGCUCUCCUCAUUGUGGGGCACAGCGCAGUCCAUAGGGGAGCAGGCGCAGAAACAGGCCGAAGAUGCCCUCAAGAAGGCCCGGGAGCAGAGUCUCGAGGACAACAUCCGGACUGCGGUGAAGGAGCUUGGUAUCUCCGGCGUGCGUGAUAACAUCAACGAGAUAAUAAACGCCAUGAACAACAAGGACGAAGUGAUUGAAAUCGUUCUUGUGCACGACAUGAAAAACUUUAUUGGACUCACAGACAUGGUCAAGUACAACUUCGAGGACGUGAUGAGCCAGCAGGCAGGGAGCCAUUCCAGUACCACCGACGAUGUAGACCACACAAGUGAGGAAAGAAUUGACUUUGCGCUAUUCAACGGUAAGGGCUCCGAUGCGGAGAAGUUGAUCAUGGCCAACAUCGAGAACGAGAUGAAGAGAAGGACGGAGAGAGAAGAUCCUGCUAACGAGUCCUCCACCACAGACUCAAACCCAUCAUCACCAGCGUUGUCGAAUUUGGGAAAUACAGACCCGGAGUCGGGUGAAUCUGAGAGCGCUGUCAAAACUAGAAAGACUACCAUCUACAUCAGUUUACUUGCAUGGACAUCUAACAAAGACAACACGUUGAACAACGGCAAGGAGAUCGUGAUUGACUCCCACUCGUCCUCGUCCUUCACCAUAUCCUGUGUGCUCAAGGAUGAGGGACAUGGCAUAACCAUUCACUCCCAAUCCCAGCCGCUGCCUUUGAAGUGGGCACAAUGGAUCGAGGGCAACCUCGAGGAGGGAGAGAAGGAGGAUGACAUCGAUCCAAGCGAGUGGGUCAUUGGAUGGGUCAAGAACGCCAUCUCCAACGCCAUUGGCGUGACGUCCCAGUCCUACAUCAUCAAAAGAAUGGGUUACUAG